CCUGUUGUUUUGAAUUUUAGCAACUUCAACUCUAAAAUUGAAGCCAAAUUAAAAUCUAUUUUAAUUAGGAUUUAAAAUAGAUCUAUUUUAUAAGUUCCUAAGUGAAAAUCAAAAGCAAAGUUCACGGUCGGACGGUCGUCCGUAGAAGAGCCUGGAACUAGCUUCUUCCAUUCAUUGCUACAAGCAGUGAUGGCUACUUCAACAACACCGACCGAGAACUCGCAAAGCGUCGGCGUCGUGUCUUAUAAAAUCCCUGAAGAUUUCCCUGUCAUCGAUGGCGUCACCUAUUAUCCGGGGAUGACCCAAGAACUGCUCGAUGAGCUGACAAAUCUCCCCGUACAAGACGGAGAUGUGUUUGUAGCCUCUUAUCAAAAGUGCGGGAAUACAUGGACGUCAGAAAUCUUGUGGCAAAUAUACAACGGUGGCGAGGUCGAUAAAACAGACAUGGUAAAACGGAUACCUUUCCUGGACUCCCAACUAACAAAAUUGCUUCUAGGAGUUACUGACACCACGACAGAGUUCUACAAAAAGGUAGCACCUCCGCGAAUCUUCAAGAUCCACUCCCCAUAUCGUGUGGCCCCGAAGGGAGGAGGCUUAGCUGCUAAGCCAAAGUAUAUCUACGUCAUCCGUAAUCCCAAGGAUUGCGCCGUUUCUUAUUACCAUCACUGCAGGAGAUGGAAACCUUACAAAUGUGAUGUUACUUGGGAUGAGUUUUUUGAGGCGGUCAUAAAUGGAGUUGCGGAAAAUGGGUCGUGGUUUGAUCACGUGCUCGGCUGGUGGGAGCAUCGAGACGAUCCCAACAUCCUCUUUCUUAAGUACGAGGACAUGAAGAAGGACCUGCAUCAUGCCGUGAGACAAAUCGCGUUGUUUGUGGGCAAAUGUCUUACUGAAGAGGCUCUCAAUAGAAUUGUCCGCCAAACCAGCUUUGAUGCAAUGAAAGGCGGUGAACAGUUCUACGAGAGUCCGUUUAUGAGGCCGUUUAUUGCACCUGGUGCUUCAAGUCAUAUUCGAAAGGGCCAGGUUGGCGACUGGCGUAACUACUUUACGGAGGAACAGAGCAGACGAAUGGAUCAACUGUACGCAGAAAGAAUGACAGGGAGUGGGCUAGACUUGGAGUUCGAUCCAACGCCUGAAUGAACAGUGCGUGCGAAAACAAGUCCAAGUUUAGUUGUGAAAUUGUUAGUGUAAAUUUCUUUAUCAAUAUAAUGUCGAAGCCUUUGUAGUUAUAGUAACAAAGACGUCAAUUGUCUAAACGAAUUAGAUGGUCAAUCUCUCAACUUUAAUUAUAAGCUAUUCAAAAAAGUCAUUGUUUUCUAUUAAAAUAAAGAAUUACCCA